CUUUUAAAAGUGUUAAUAGUGGGAAGCAAAAUGGCCCAAAUACGACCUUUAAAUGAGGAAUUACAAAAGGCUGCCGCCGAAAUAGGAGAAGAUCCUGCACGCAUUUCAGCCGAUUUGGAGGCCUUGAAGACAUGGAUUAAACAACAGCCACAUUUGCGCGCCAAUACUGAUGAUCAGCUUUUAAUAGCUUUUCUGCGUGGCUGUAAAUACAGCUUAGAGAGAGCAAAAUCUAAAAUUGAUAAAUUCUAUACCUUAAAAAGUAAAUUUCCCGAAAUUUUCAGACCCACCGAUGUGGAUGAUGCCAAGUUUAGGGACAUAUUUCGUUUGGGUAUGUGGUCUUAUUUGCCUACACCUUUAAAUGGUAAUGGUCCACGUAUUGGUAUUAUGCGCAUGGGUUUAUAUCCCGCCGAUAAAUACAACAUUGAGGAGGUGAUGACAGUGGCUAGUGCCAUGCAAGAAAUUGUUCUGCUCGAAGAUGAUUAUGCUGUCAUCAAUGGUGUGGUAUUCAUAGGAGAUUUUGAAAAGGCUACCAUGGCCCAUAUGUUCCAAAUGACACCCUCAGUGGCUAAGAAAAUGACAGUGUUUUCAGAAGAAGCUAUACCCCUAAGACCUAAAGCCUCACAUUUCAUUAAUACACCCACCGGUUUUGAACCCGUUUUCAAUAUGAUUAAGCCCAUGAUGUCGGAGAAACAACAGAAAAGGUUAUAUGUCCACGGCAAUAAAAUGGACUUGCUAACCAAUGAAAUUCCCCUGAAAUAUUUGCCCAAAGAGUAUGGCGGUGAAAAUGGUUGUAUAGCUGAUCUGACCGUUGAAUGGGAAAAGAAAUUAGAUGAUUAUAGAGAUUAUUUCAAGAAGAAUGCCGAAUUUGGUACCGAUGAAAAGUUGCGUCCCGGCAAAGCUAUCGAUUUCGAUAGUAUGUUUGGAAUUGAGGGUUCCUUCCGUAAAUUGAAUGUGGAUUAAAGUGUAUUUUUAAUUUUUUAUAGUUUAAAAUUUUAAGAUUAGAGACAAAUAAACAAAUAAAUAAAAAAAA